AUGAAUAACAAUUCAGGAAGAAGGUCUUUCCAUCCUUUUGAAACACCGCAAUCUCCAUCACGCUCAACGCGAGCGACAAACCUUCCACCUCAUAUUGGAAAUGCUAUAGGAUCAACAUCAACAUCAACAUCAACAUCAACAUCAACCAAUUUGACCUCUUCCAUUCCAGCUUCUCCGCUGCGAAGACGCAAUAACAAUACGGUAUUCAGUGACCGAUACAUUCCCAAUCGUACUGGAGUCGAUCUACAAGCUGCUUUUAGUCUAAGCCAUGAAGAGCGAACCUUACCUGAAGCACGAAGUUUUAGGAACUCAUCCUUUGACAAUGAUAAUGAGAUUGAAAUGCAGAGAGAAGAAGAGGCAAACGAAACAUUUUCUACAAUAUUGAAAGCAGAAUUGUUUGGCGACAACGUACCAAUGGCCACAGCGAAUCUACAAGCUAACGCCACCGGCGGUGGUUUUAACAACAAUAACCGACCAAAGAGUACAGGUUCGAACCAUGGAAGUUACCUAUCUGGCGUGGGAACCCCUCCAAGGACUUCUGGAACUGGCUCAAGUAGUGGAUCAGGAUCAACUUCAUAUACUAUAGGUAGUGGGCAGCAACAUUUUCCAGGGACUAGCUCAGCGUCUUCCUACAAUGCAGACGACGUGACUACAACUCCUCGGCGUAAAAACAAAACCAAUCUAUUCACAUAUCAAUCGCCAAAAAAGACGAGACCAAUAUCAAGAGACCUUCAGCAGGAGUUGUAUUCUUUAUCACCAGUGCGACAAGAGUCACAAAAAUUAUUAUUAUCACCUCAAAGAAAACCAAGGGCUAUCUCAAAAGUUCCGUAUAGAGUCUUGGAUGCACCGGAACUUUCGGAUGAUUUUUAUUUGAACUUGGUUGAUUGGGGCCAACAAGAUGUGUUGGCGGUAGGAUUGGGUGACAGCGUUUACUUGUGGGAUGGAGCCACGCAAUCUGUUGAAAGACUAUGCAACCUUUCCAAUAAGGAUAAGGUCACCAGUCUAAAUUGGAUUGGUGUUGGCUCACAUUUGGCGAUUGGUACAUCAAAAGGAUUGGUUGAAAUAUGGGAUGCAACAAAAAUUAAAUGCGUGAGGACAAUGACUGGUCAUUCCUUACGUGUCAGCUCCUUGGCUUGGAACGAGCAUAUCUUAUCUAGCGGGUCUAGAGACAGAACCAUAUUAAAUCGAGAUGUUCGAAUCGAGGACCAUUAUGUCAAUAAAUUCGAAAGCCACAAGCAGGAAAUCUGUGGGUUGAAAUGGAAUGUUGAGGAAAAGAAAUUGGCGAGUGGUGGUAAUGAUAAUAAUUUAUUUAUAUGGGACGGGCUAAACCCCAAACCUUUAUAUCAGUUAACUAGCCAUACUGCAGCAGUAAAGGCAAUUGCAUGGUCGCCUCAUCAAAGAGGCAUCUUGGCAUCUGGCGGGGGUACAGCAGACAAAACAAUCAAGACGUGGAAUACGUUAACAGGAAGCAUGGUGCAUGACAUCAAUACCGGGUCACAAGUUUGCAACUUGGUUUGGUCUAAAAAUUCAAACGAGUUAGUAUCAACGCAUGGCUACUCGCGAAACCAAAUCAUUGUGUGGAAGUAUCCUUCUAUGCAGCAGAUUGCCCAAUUAACAGGUCAUACCUAUAGAGUAUUAUACUUGUCGCUAUCCCCAGAUGGAGAGACUAUAGUCACCGGUGCUGGAGACGAGACAUUACGUUUUUGGAAUGUGUUUGAAAAAAAUAAGCACAAUGAACCGCCUGCUUCUGUUUUACUUGGUGCGUUCUCUCAGCUCCGUUAA